CGGACAUGGUGGUCCCUCUGGGGGAGGAAGCGAUUUGGCCCUACUUCUUUUUCCUCAUUUUCAUCUCCAUCUCGGCGCUGGGUCUCAUGAACCUAGUCACGGUGACCGUGCUAGACACCGCCCUCCAGACGCAACGAGAAUAUGCGCGCAACGCCGAUGUAGACCGAAAAAUGGCGGAUAUCAAAGAUCUCUUGCAAUUUCCCGGCGAGACCGAAGUAAACACAAAUCGCGAUUAUUUCAUCGAAAACUGGAGGAAAAGCUCUGCGUUCAGGUACUGACUCAACAAUUGUUAGAAGAUUGUUUUGAAACCUAGAAGUCACGUUCAUGACCUUGUGUCUUUUUCUGUCAUUUUUAGCAAUUGAUCAUAAGCUAACAAGAAAGGGGGCUAGGCUUUUACACUUCCACUGCCGUCGCUCCGGUGACACACUAUAGGCACCGUUUUGUCCCGCCAUUAGGCCCGUAGUUGUACUAAAUGCGACAACAUGAUGAUGAAAGAAGGCCCUCAGAACUUCGCACGAAAGAAACGGGGUGGCAAAUCAGCUCAAGCAGAACAUUCAUCAUGAUGACCCUUCUUCUCUGCAUCUCAUCCUAACAUCUCAGGACCGUCUUCGAGACUUUAGACUUAAAUCAAGAAGAUGCUGGCCAUUUUUUCGAUGCUUUGGACUUGGACAAUUCUGGGUCUUUGGAUCCGUUUGAACUUUCCACCACCUACAUGGAGUUAACGACGUCGGUGUUGAACAAUACCGCUGCCGUGGCGCUCGUGAGAAGCGCUACGCACCCAGAUGAAAAGGGCAAGAUUUUACGCAGCACGAUGGUGAUUGCCCAAGCCAGCCGUUUCCAGGUGCAGGCGCAACUACAGACAGAGGAGUUCCGCUCGGAAGCCAAGAGGAACUACGAGACGUUGAAUACCAGUUUCAGCAAGGCCAUAUCGGACCGCGCUGCGAUGGUCUCCAGGAUGGACAGCAUGGUAGAGGAUAUGCAUUCGAUCCGAGAGGAAUUAGACCGUGUAAAGGAACGCCGGGAGCGGAGAGACAGUCGAGGAGGACAUCAGCAUGGGGCAAGUAGAUCAUCGAGAGGUAGAGGUGAAUAUCCAAGCGGGUCACCUCCACUGGAGGGUUCUUUUGAACACUUUCCUCCGGGGAUGCUGGGAACGGAGUCGGGAAGUGCUUCACCAACAGGAGGUGCUGGUGGAGCUCGAAGACUCUCAAAUAUGUCACUAGCAUCACAAAUGUCGACACGGUCCUCGAUGGGAGGAGGAGAGCUUCCACUACAGGAGAGUACUGACUCUCUGGCUGGAAGCACACGCACUCUGGAUGGAUUGCUGAGGGACGCGCACAACUAUCGAGAAGAUAGGGAUCAAGGUGGUGUUGUCGAUUCGGUGUAUGCAAACGUUCUGGAUCGGCGCCGGUCUAUGAGCGCAAGCGGCUUCGAAAGACGGCGCCCCGCAAGCUCGCGCCACGGAAACACCUUCACUAUCGUAGAACUUUGAUCCGAAAACUAUUCUUACUCAUAUAGAUACUACGACGUAAGAAGUGGCACUAAAUAUCAUUUGUAAA